UGGAAAUUCUGAAAAAAUAAACUGGAAUCGAAGCCGAAAUAAAAUUUUUACGGUCUGAACUGAGAAGUGAAGGAAUUAAUCAACGCAUUCCAGAAUAGUGAUUAUUCGGCCAGAUGUCAUGAAAACGGUUAUCGCGUGACAUCAAAUAUUCAUUCCUUUAUUGAGAAAUAUGGCAUCGAGUUACCAGUCUCUGUUGAGCAAAACUUAACAACGUUGAGCCAAAAAUUAAUGGAAGAUGAUUUGUUCUGCGCGUAUUUCAAAUUGGCUACGAUGAGUCUCUUUAAUCGACGCAAAACACUUGCAGUAAAUUCAGCGAAUAUUAUUAAAAACAUAAUCUCCCGCCGAGUUGCCAUGAUAUACACAGCUGUAAGAAAAAGGCCGGAGAAACAGAUUUUCAAAAAGGAACACAAUAAAAUUUCAUAUUCGAUUUUAUUAAUACGACAAGAAAAGAUGAUAUUUGUGAUCAGGAAUUCGCAAAUUUACUGGGUUCGUGUCGGACGAACGCGAAAAACUGGGACGGGCAAAGGAAAACCAGAAGAUCAGGCGUUCAAGAAAAAGCGAAAGCAAAAAAAAAUUCAACUUUGUACUUAAUUACAAUAAUAAUCAUAUUUUCAAAAAAA